GGGGGGAGUGAGAGGAGUGAGGGACUGGGAGUGUUGUGUGAAAAGAGUGCAGGCCAACGAGCGAGACAAAAGAGGCUGCGGCUGCAUUGAAUGUGCCGGUGGUGUGUCCGUCUCCGAAGCCACAAGCAAACCACAUUUCCCCCCCUUUCCUCCUGGCCUUUUUUUUUUCACGCCACAGACGCCGAAGAUAUAUCGGAGAGGGGAAACCAAUUGCGAUAUUGUAAUUGCUUGCAAAGCGCGAAGUUGAGGAGCUUCCCCUCUCGGAAUCGGACCGGGUGUUUCUCCUCUUCCUCUGCCCGUCCUCACUACACGUCGAGUGCGGUGCGGUGUGCGGUUGGAGAUAUAACCCAGAACAAAGGAGUCUUGAAGCAAGGAAUGAGCGAGCCGAGACUAGCUCUGCCAUUACCUUUGAAACCGGGCCAAAUGCCUCUCUGAGACCAACAAUAGUACAUCGGCUGCUCGUAUUUCUCGACGAAGCUUUCCGCCCCGAAAGGGAGAAAGAAGAAGGACAAAAAAUAAACGCACACGGAGGCACACACACAAGUCGGCGGCUACAAUGUUUCCUCAAAACCGACCACCGGCACCUCUGCAGCCACCCCCAGGAUCCUCCGCUUCAGUGGUGGCAGCCGCAGCAGCAGCAGCUGCGGCAGCAUCGGGGACGCCCCAGUCACUGAAACUUACCUACCCAGAAACUUUGGACCGCAUCAAGGAGGAGUUUCAAUUCCUCCAGACCCAAUACCACAGUUUGAAACUGGAAUGUGAGAAACUGGCCACAGAGAAGACAGAGAUCCAAAGGCACUAUGUUAUGUAUUAUGAGAUGUCCUACGGCCUUAACAUUGAAAUGCACAAACAGACGGAGAUUGCCAAGCGGUUGAACGUGAUCUGUGCUCAGCUCAUCCCAUUCCUGUCACAGGAGCACCAACAACAGGUGGUCCAGGCCAUGGAGCGCGCCAAACAGGUGACCAUGGGGGAGCUAAAUGCUUCGAUAGGGGUACGUGGGCUCCCCCCUCUGCCUCAUAGCCAGCAGCUUCAGGCCCAGCACCUCUCCCAGCAUGCCCAGGGUUUGCCAAUGGGCCCACACCCAUCAGGACUGCCUCACCCUGGCCUGGCGCUUGGCGGAGGGUCUGGCCUGCUGGCCCUGUCCGGGGCUCUGGGGGCCCAGCUGGCUGCCAAGGAUGAGAGAGCUCACCUAGAGGCAGCAGCAGCUGCCGCCGCCGCUGCAGAGCACCACAGAGACCGUGAAGCAGGACCAAGCUCUCUGUCCAACGGGGAUAAGGGUCGCCCAGCAGACUACCUCAGCAACGGCAAGAAGAGGAAAGCUGAUGAGAAGGAGUUCAUGACCGACUAUGGCAGCGAUGCGGAUAAGAGUGAUGAUAAUUUGGUGGUGGAUGAGGACCCGUCGUCCCCCCGCAGCGUGCAGUCCUACUCGUCCAGGGAGAAUGGCCUGGACAAGAUGCCCCCGUCCCGUAAGGAGGGCCCCCCACAGGCCAGCCCUGCCUCCCUGGCCUCCUCCAGCAGUGCAGCCUCGCCGUCUCGUGGCAAAGAGCCCCCUCAGAGGGAGAAAUCCAGUACUCCAGGUAUGAAGCCGGGGACCCCCAUGUCUCAAGAGUCCAACACCCCAGGACCCAGCGGACCUCCACAGUUCAGACCUGUCCCUGGCAAGCCUGGUGUGGACCCCCUCGCUCUGGGUCUGAGAAACCCCCUGGCGGUGCAGGGAGCGUACCCUCCAGGGGCAUUCGGCCUGCCUCCUCCAGGGGUGAACGGGGACCUGGCCGGGGCGGCGGGUUACGGCGCCGGCCUCCACUUGGUCUCUCCCCAGAUGAACGGAGCUGCUGCUGCAGCAGCGGCAGCAGCUGCCGCAGGCUACGGACGGUCCCCUGUGGUGGGCUAUGAGUCUCCACACCCGCAUAUGAGGGUCCCCGGGCUGCCUGCCAGCCUGCAGUCAGCCGCCUCCGGAAAACCCGCCUACUCGUUCCACGUGAGUGCAGACGGCCAGAUGCAGCCGGUGCCCUUUCCCCCUGACGCCCUGCUGGGCCCAGGAAUCCCUCGCCACGCCCGUCAGAUUCACACCCUGAACCACGGAGAGGUGGUGUGUGCCGUCACCAUCAGCACCUCGACGCGUCACGUCUACACCGGAGGCAAGGGCUGCGUCAAGGUGUGGGACAUCAGCCAGCCUGGAAGCAAGAGCCCCAUGGCCCAGCUGGACUGUCUGAACAGGGAUAACUACAUCCGCUCCUGCAAGCUACUCUCAGACGGACGGACCUUGAUCGUCGGCGGGGAGGCCAGCACGCUGUCAAUCUGGGAUCUGGCCACGCCCACUCCUCGCAUCAAGGCAGAGCUGACAUCGUCCGCUCCUGCCUGCUACGCUCUGGCCAUCUCCCCUGACAACAAAGUCUGCUUCUCCUGCUGCAGCGAUGGCAACAUCGUCGUCUGGGACCUUCAUAACCAGACGCUGGUCAGGCAGUUCCAGGGCCACACAGACGGAGCGAGCUGCAUCGACAUCUCCAACGAUGGAACCAAGCUGUGGACGGGAGGGCUGGACAACACGGUCCGCUGCUGGGACCUCCGAGAGGGACGCCAGCUCCAGCAACACGACUUCACCUCGCAGAUCUUCUCUCUGGGCUACUGUCCGACAGGCGAGUGGCUGGCUGUGGGAAUGGAGAGCAGUAACGUGGAAGUCCUGCACGUCUCCAAACCUGACAAGUACCAGCUGCACCUCCACGAGAGCUGCGUUCUCUCUCUCAAGUUCGCCUACUGCGGUAAAUGGUUUGUGAGCACAGGAAAAGAUAACCUCCUGAAUGCAUGGCGGACACCUUACGGAUCCAGCAUAUUCCAGUCUAAGGAGUCUUCGUCGGUUCUCAGCUGUGAUAUCUCUCCUGAUGACCAGUUCAUUGUCACUGGCUCCGGGGACAAGAAGGCCACAGUCUAUGAAGUCAUCUACUGAACUCUGAUUGGCUGAAAAAAACCCUAAUAAUCAGGGGGCAGAGCCGAGGCUCCCUCCUGCACCAAUGACUGUACAGAGCGUCGGUGGCAUGGAAAACAAGAGACACUCAACUCGUACUUUGUUGUUUUGUUUACGUUUGUGAAAGAAAUGGAAAAGAGAAGCAAGGGGGCACAAAGUCACAUCUCUGGAUAAAAAAAAACAAACUUUGAACUUUGUUUUUAAUGCUCUGAGAACGCUGGUUAGUCUAUAGCUGCGCAAUUGUGGGAUUCCUCCAAAGAACUUUUGCUUUUGUUCCUUUUUGUUCCUUUUUUUAACAAAAUAAAACCUCUGUAGUGAACAAGAAAUUAGCAAAAAAAAAAAAAAAAACUUAUUUUUUUAGCCUUUGAAUUUUUCGCAAACAGUUGGACCACAUCGAGUGGAAAAAGACAGAGACGUGGGACUGAGGAAGUGUGGGAAGGGUUCAGGGAGGGCUGGGAACUCUUGAUGGAAAAAUACGGUCCAUAUUCUGUGCUGUGUAAAAUGUCCCAGCCUGGGUCAGCUUGGCCCGGUUUGGCCUGGUCCGGUCCAGCUACGUGGCUGCUCCUCGGGGCAGCAGAUGCGUGGCAGAUGGCAGGAUGGUGUGCUGUGAGGUUCCAGCUAUUCUUUUUUUUGUCCUGGCUAAGUUUCAGCAGCAACAUGAUUGUAUCAUCUCCAGUACAUACAUGACAGAACAGGGCUCGGUGUUCUCUAAAGUGUCCUGAGAGUUUGUCUUUGUUCCUUUUUAUUUGAUUAUGUUUGCUUUAUAAAAGAACAAAGCCAGACUUAUUGUGGAAAUUUUUUUUGGUGAAACCAGCCUGGAACAGAAAAACUGUCAGUUCAAACAGCUCACAACAGGUUCUCUCCAAGUUUUGGGGACGUGGCCUCUGCUAUAUCGUCAUCCUUAACACUCAACAUUAAAUGUUUUUUUCUGUUUGUUUGUUUUUUUAAUUGUAUUUGUUAGGGCACAUAUAAGCAGACAGGUAUUUUCACAACUGCAUCAUGAACCUUGCUAUAUAUGGACAUGUAAAUAAAGUUCUCUAAAGGCAAACAAGGAUGUUAUCUGUGACUUGGAUCAGCUUUAAGAAAACUGAUGGGAUUGUGGGGCAUCUGUCAAAGAUUAGUGCGUUUUUUGUCGGAGGUCUGCAGUGGAUCACUUGUGUUUUUCAUGAGCAUCUUCUCACAGAGAAAAACAGAUUGCAACAGCUCUGUAAAGACCGAAGCAGGUGUGAUGGUGCGAAGAGUAAAAAUCAGGUGGAGCUUUGUGUGUGUGUGUGUUUGUGUGUGUGUGUGUGUUGCACGCUGCUGGCUGUCAGAAUGUGUUUUUCAACGACAGAAUCAAGUCAGGUUCUUGCCAGGUUUAACUUGGAUGUUUUUAAAACUGGAAGAAAAAAAUCAAAAGACGCAUUUGUUGAAUAUUUGUUGAAACCAUUACAGCCAGAAAAGCGUGUGCUCAUAGUGAGGUGCCAGGAAGCAUCUUAGAAAUAUUUAGAUAAAAAAUGAAGGAUGUGAAUGGUGAGUACGCAGUCUGCCUCCGCUCUGCUGUGAUGGAAACAUUUCUCCUUUGCUGAGGGUACACAACAGCACAAAGCGUCUCCUCUAGUCAAUGUCGACAUCCUCAGACGUAAGAGAGUGUCUUGGGAUUCAAACCCACAGCAAGGCAAGCUCCUCUGUGACUGGAGCUCUCAAUAAAUACUGCAGCUGUACAGUUGUUUUUUUGUGCUGAGCUACUUUGCAGUGUGGCGAGACAAAGGUGAUCUGC